AAAAGGGAUAGGAUUGUAUGUGUAGACGAGGCAGUGUGUGAAAACAUGAGGAGCACAGACAGUUUUUAACUCUAUUUUUCUCAUCAACAGAUAAUUAAACAUAUCAGAUCAGGAGCUUUCCUUCGUUUUCCCUAAGGGCAGGGAUAUCUGCUCCCAUUGGAGAACACCGGAGAGGAGAGGAGCCUCUUUGUGGAUCCCCUUUGACUGCUAAAAGCUCCGUCAGAGUGGAGUGGAGUGGUGGUUUCAUCUGACCCUUUAACCUUAGUCGGACGGAGAGAAAGCCACUUCAGAGAUGGAUCAGGUCUCAGAUGACGAGUUGGACCAUGGAGCUGAGGAGGACAGCGAUAAGGAGGACCAGGACCUGGACAAGAUGUUUGGAGCAUGGCUGGGAGAGCUGGACAAGCUUACACAGAGUCUGGAUGAUGGCAGGCCUCAGAAACCUCUGCAGAAGCCUCCUCUCAGGCAGGAGACCAACAUGGCCAACUUUUCCUACCGCUUUUCCAUGUAUAACAUAAAUGAGGCGUUGAACCAGGGUGACACGGUGGACCUGGAUGCCCUGAUGGCUGACCUGUGCUCCAUUGAGCAGGAGCUCAACACCAUUUCCAAACCAAAUUCUGCAUCCCGCGGUCAGAACAAAGGCCAGCAGCGGGCCCCUGGGGGCCGCAGUGCCAGCACAAAGCACACAGGCACAAGCGGUGGAGGGAGCAGCGGAGGAAGUACCAGUAGCAGUACCCGGGCUUCGCCUGCCAACACAGUCCGAGGCGGCAGCGUCAACGCCCGUCCCACGGCCUCCAACAUCUCCUUGGACGACAUCACCUCUCAGCUGGAGAAGGCCUCUCUCAGCAUGGACGAAGCAGCACGUCAGACCUCUUCUUCCUCCUCCUCCUCCUCCUCUUCCUUCUCCUCCACUACGCUGCGGCGGCCCUCGUCAGGGUCGUCAGGUGGCGGCCAGCACAGGAGGACGGGCUCGGUGGGCGCGGUCAGCGAGCAGGAAGCUGCGUCCCAGCGGUCCAGUGUAAAUUCAGCAUGUGCCUCAGCGUCCAGCAUGGACUCCCUGGAUAUUGAUAAAGUGAUGGCAGGCGGAGAGACGGAGGGACAGAGCAGCCCCAGUACACAAGGACAGAACCAGACCAGCACAGAGCAUGUCACACUGCGACGGGCCAGACGGCAACUUGACUUCACCUCACAAGAGGGUGAAGUGGACCGGGCCACUCACUCCUAUCUGGACCGAGAAACCUCGCUCAUUCUGAAAAGCAUAGCAGGAAAGCCUUCUCACCUCCUGACCAAGGAGGAGCAAGCUGCCAAAUUGAAGGCGGAGAAGAUCCGAGUCGCCCUGGAAAAAAUCAAGGAGGCACAGGUCAAAAAGCUGGUAAUCAGGGUCCACAUGUCGGACGAGAGCUCCAAGACCAUGAUGGUGGACGAGCGGCAGACGGUCAGGCAGGUGCUGGACAGCCUGCUGGAUAAGUCCCACUGUGGUUACAGCCCUGACUGGUCUCUGGUGGAAACCAUCACUGAGCUCCAGAUGGAACGCAUUUUUGAGGAUCAUGAGAACUUGGUGGAGAAUCUCUUAAACUGGACCCGGGACAGCCACAACAAGCUCAUGUUCAUCGAACGCAUCGAGAAAUACGCUCUGUUCAAGAACCCUCAGAACUAUUUGCUGGGGCGGAAGGAGACAUCAGAAAUGGCUGAUAGGAAUAAAGAGGCUUUAUUAGAGGAGUGUUUCUGUGGCGGCUCAGUGUCCGUGCCGGAGAUCGAGGGCAUCCUGUGGCUGAAGGAGGAUGGGAAGAAGUCGUGGAAGAAGCGUUACUUCCUCCUCAGAGCUUCGGGGAUAUACUACGUCCCCAAAGGCAAAGCCAAGGCGUCCAGAGAUCUCGUGUGCUUCCUGCAGUUGGACCAUGUCAACGUGUAUUACGGCCAGGACUACCGCAGCAAAUACAAGGCCCCUACUGACUACUGCCUGGCCCUAAAGCAUCCACAAAUCCAGAAGAAGUCCCAGUACAUCAAGUAUCUGUGCUGUGAUGAUGUCAGGACUCUGCACCAAUGGGUGAAUGGAAUUCGCAUCGCCAAGUACGGCAAGCAGCUGUAUGUGAACUACCAGGAGGCCAUGAAAAGGACAGAGGCGGCCUACGAUUGGUCCUCUAUCUCUACCUCCAGCAUCCGAUCAGGCUCCAGCUCUGCCAGCAUACCUGAGUCCCAGUCUAAUCACUCAGGCCACUCAGACAGUGGAGUGGACACGGGCUCCUCUCAUGGCCGGUCCCAGAGUGUGGUGAGCUCAAUUUUUUCUGAGGCCUGGAAGAGAGGCACCCAGAUUGAAGAAAGCUCCAAGCAUAUGAGAAUGGAGGCAUCCAGAGGGGCUACGCUGCCGCACAGCUCCCACAGUCACCGCCACCACAGCCAGCAUUCAGUGGAUCACCCCCCCGCCGUAACGCCCCCUCCCCAACCUCAGCCCCACCAACAGCCCCCACCACAGCCUCAGCACCAACCAGUGCCCCCCCAGACACCCUCCCAGCCACAACACCAGCAGCCACUUCCCCAGCCUCAGUCUCCUCAGCAGACCCCGCAGCCUCCACCCCAGUACUCCCAGCGCCCUCAGCAGUCGCCUCAGUCUCCGCAGCAACAGCAGCCUCUGCAGCCGCCACAGCCGCCCCAGACCAUCACCAACUACAACCACGUGCCCCCCGAGCCGCAACAACUGGCUCCUCCACCACCGCCACCCCCUCCGCCACCUCCCCCUCCUCCACCACCACCACCGGUUCAAAUGGUGUCACACCACUCCCCGGCUCCCACCAUGUAUAAAUACAGCACCAUCACCCGGCUGCAGAACCAGAAGGCGUCCCAGUCCGCCAACCACCACCGGCUGCCCAGUCACAUCCAUGCAAUCGGUCAGCAAGUCCUGCCAUCAGCUCCGGCUCCGCCUGCAGUCAAACCCAAUGUGAAUCACAUUGCUGCAAGGACUAAUGUCCCGCCUCCCCCGCCACCUCCUCCCCCUCCUCCACCAUCUAUGCCCACCCCAGGGUCAGCAAUGGCAGUGUUGAAACUUGGCCCGCCCCGCCCAGCCGCCCCACCUGCCUUCAUUCCUCCGCCCCCAGCUCCUCCACCUGCUCCUCAGACCAACGGAGUGACAUUUCCUCCACCUCCUUCUCCCCCGCCACCACCUCCAGCCCCAGCUCCCAUGAGCACACCUGUUUACUCGUACGGGCUGAAGCAGGCAUUAAAGGAGCGGUUCCCCAGCCCGCCACGUGACCUCCUCUCUCCAAAUGGAGGCCUUGAAGAGUCACCGCCACCUGCCCCUGCUCCACCACCCCCACCUCCUCCACCUCCUCCUCCGCCUCCACCUCCACCUCCUCCCCAGCAGUUUCCAGUGCCAGCCCAGUUUCCUCCUCCUCCUGCACCACCACCUAAAACCUUCACCCCUGGCUUUGUCCCUCAAACAGCCCCCAAACCUGUGUCACCUGUCUCCCCAUUUCCUCCCGCACCACCUCCUGCUGCCCUGGGUGGUCCAGCACCGCCACCACCUCCACCCCCUCCUCCACCUGCACCCCUCAAGAAGCAGUUCAGCCUCCAGGUCGGCCACGUCUCGGGGCACCCUCCUCCGACUCUCCCCAAGCAGCACAGCCUGUCCAAACCUACAACAGGAGCCACUCCGACAAUGUCACUUGUCAAACAGCUCGCAAGUCAGUUUCCAGGAGCUCCAUCCCAAGCAGCCAUGGAGAGCGCCAAGGCCCCCCUCUCCCCUCCUGCAGUCAAGACCAAACCUAAAUGGCAGCCUGGUGGCGGCCAACAGCUGCAGUCUCCUGACUUCCCUCCUCCUCCUCCAGACAGCAACGCCAGCUUCCCUGCCCCUCCACCUCCUCCACCACCGCCACCACCUCCCCCUGCCCCUGUCACCGGCCCGACUCCACCUCCUCCCCCGCUUCCUCCUGGAAACCUGGGAUCUCCCUUAAAGAGGUCUCCCUCUGGAGGCAAGAAACCCCCUCCUGCACCACAGAGGAACUCCAGCAUCAAGUUCAAUGCCUCUUCCUACGAGGAGUCCAGGAAGAACUUACUCAGCAAGUUUGCUCCCCAGAACAACACCUCAUCUUCCUCCUCAUGUCCCACCACUGGAUCUCCUUCCAAGGACCCUUCAAAUGGCCCUCCUGCUCCCCCGAAACCAGGCAAGCUCAACUUAGCCAACCUUCCCCUGGCGCUGCAGGCCAAAGUGAGCCAGGUUAAAGUCAGCGGUGACUUCCCUUCCCCGCCACCUGAGUGCGCUUACUUUCCACCUCCACCCCCGGCCUCUGAGCUUUUCCCGCCUCCUCCACCUCCUGGUAGUGACAUCCAAAGCGGAGGACCUCCCAGAGUAGCUGUGGUCAACCCCCAGCCCCAGGCUCCCCCUCCACCUCCGCCUGUCCCCCCCGUCUGCAACUCAACAUGGGGGAAGAGCUCCCUGAAAAAGACUCCUCCACCCACACUCGGGCGGCGCAGUAACACCACCCCGGAGCCUCCUCCGCUCUCACCACCUCCUCCCACCUCCCCAAAGGGCAGCUCAGGCCAGCCCAACUUCCUGGCAGAUCUCAACCGGACACUGAAGCGAAAGUCAGUGGGUCGCCAAGGUUCUCUCAACUCCAACAAGUUGGACCCUGCGGGGACAAUGGACGACAUGGCGCUGCCUCCGCCACCCCCCGAGCUGCUCCUGGACCAAGGGAAGCAAAGCAACGGAGGGAAUGGCACCUACAUGUCCGGAAACAUCUCAGGCUAUGCAACGCUACGACGAGGACCCCCGCCUGCACCACCUAAACGGGGUGACGCCACCAAACUAACAGGGGAGUGUUGAACUCAGAGAUCAGGACAUUAUAAAGACGGAUGAACGAAUGAUGAAAGAAUAUAUGGAUUCAUUCUGUUCUCUUGGGAUCACAAUGAUAAAUAGACAACUGUGUAAAUACUCAAACCAGACCUUGGUCGAUUAGUGUUUGCUAAUUAUUGCAGUUUUUUAACACGCUUGGCUUUCUGGAUCAGUGGGGUUUAUAAUAGUGGGACAAUAAAGACUGGAGCAGGUAAGUUUGAGGUCACAGAAAAUUCUCUGUGAUCAUCUAAACUCUCUGGAAGAUAUCGCCCUGUAUGCUAAACCCCAACAAUCUGGCACAUCAGGACAGUCCCUCCAGGAUUUGGCAGGCUGUGAUUGCUGCGGCUUGAAAUGCCUGAUUUCUCCGCAGCUUUUCCAAAAUAAUUGUCCUGCAAGUUGCAAUAUUUGAAGGCAUUUCUUUUCUGUGACAAGAAUUUAAAAAAAAAAAAAACUUUUCUAAAAAAAUCACAAUUACAUAGGAUGCACAUAAUGAUAUGGUGCAUUUUCAGAGCCAAUAAUAUAUAAUAAUUGAUAAAAAAUAUUAAAGAAAUUCUUUACUGAUCCAAAGUUGUCUUUGUUAGAUACGUCAGAGCCACUCAGGAAAGAUAAGAAGGCAACAGUGAGGUCGACAAGGAUGAAACAGGCUGACCUGAUGCAAACACAGUGAUCGACAGGAAGAAUACAGUGCAGAUGAGGCAGACAGCACAGCAGUGUUAGCAUCAGAUGAGAGAGAGAGCUUCACCUUCCCCUGUCAGCUUCAGUGUCAGGUGAGACAGAGACACCAUAAGACCCCCAGCUUCACUGUCAGGUGUGGGAGAGCCCAGUAGGCCUCAGACAUCAUGACAAUGGUUGUGACACUUCAUAGUUUGUAAAUUUAAAAAACUCCAACAGAUACUCAGUGUAGUAAUCUGUGUCCAGCGCUUUAUAUUGGUCUGUUAAAUUUCAAUGUGCGUUUGAAAUAAGUGUCUUCAUGUUAAAAGUAAUGCUGAAGGAAAAGGGCUCCAUGCAGGGUGAGCCGCAGGAUGACCUCAUGCUUGUGUUAGCGUGCUGCUUACAGCAACACCAAAAUGGCUCAACUCAGUCAUUAAACCCGUUACUAAACGUUUGGUAACGUUAACUGUGGGAUGCCAACAAUUAUCAAACCCGCUCGCUGCUUGCUAACUUUUUUGUUAUGUGAUAUAAUAGGUCACCAGGAAGAAGCUCCAAUAGCAAAGAGCUACUGUGGUGGAGUCAGACAUACUUCUGUAAAUAAACUGGUUCUCCACUGUUGCUUGUAUACUGGGACAAGGACGUUAGUCCAAAUAAAUGGCCUAUUCCAGCUUUAACUGCAACUGGACCUAACUGCAUGUAAACAUAUUGAAUGUGCGUUUGAAACGAUAAAUGUCCCGUUAAAAUUCGCCUGCUCUGUACUGAAGGAAAAGUGCUUCACCUGGGGUGAGCUACGGGGAGACCUCACAUGUUUGCGUUUGGAUGCCAUUUAAGACAACCCCAAAAUGGCUUGACUCAGUCAUUAAACCCACUACUAAAUGUUAGGUAAUGUUCGCCAUGUGAUGCUAACAAUCUUCCCUGUCACUGUGUGUGUGACUCUGUCCCAGGUGCAGCAGCAGUCUUCUGAUAAACAGAGUUACAGAGGCUGAAUGGAUCAAUACGCUGCAGGCAGCUCUACUGAAAACAGAUGUUACCCAUUUAAAAUAGUCAAAUUUGCAGCAAGUUGUAAUUGGAAAAAAUUGCAAGGUUGCGCAGAAUUCAGGGGGAUUAAUUAAGUGUUGCGAUCACAACAUCAUGAAAUCCUGGAGGAACCGCCAAGCACAUUUAAAUAAAUAAGAAUCGUGCAAAUAUUACUGGAUCUAGGUCUGAGCCAAACUGUGUUAUCUGCUUCUUUGCCAUAAGUUUGUGCCACGUACUGGAGACAAAACCACAUCCUUCUGCUUUGGUACUGCAUGGACUUCAUUUGAGAACAAGCUGAAGCUGUUCUGGUGUGCGUGCAUGAGUGAGAGAGAGAUACAUGCAUCAUGUGCAUGCAUGUGUGUAUGAUAAUACGGUGGUGAAGUAGUUAGAGAAGGCCUUCGUGGAGCGGGGACUGUUAGGUUUGCUUUUAUAUAAAAUUAUUUAAUGAUCAACAAAUGGAAGGAUUUUUUUUCAUAAGUGUGUCUUUUAAUAGCUGGUCAACGAGAGAGAAACAUUUGGGCACAAUGGAAUGUAUAUGGGAAGGUGUAACAUACAUGAAAGCAACAAUUCAGUGAGAAAAAGACCCAAAAAACUUUAAAUCUUAAACAUUUUUAGACUGUUGUUGGCAAAUGCAAAUCAGAAGGAAGCCUUAUCCCCAAAGUCUUGCACAGAGGUCAAAGCAUAGAGAUUUCUUCCAAAGGUUCAGCAGAGUCUGGACUAUGCAACUGGAGAAAAAAGUUAAUUUAAUGGACUGUAAAUGGAGGAGAAAGCCUGUGAUGGUGCAUCUUCGUGGACGUGCGUUGGCUUGAUUUUUGGACCUUAUCCUUCAGUUUGUAUCUGUACAGUUGCAACUCUGUUACUGUUAGUCCCCGCCGCCUUCUUAUGUCACACAAUUCAGGAAGUCGAAUGUACAGGUUGGAUACAUGUAAAGUAUACUCAUCUUAUCUGCGCAAGGUGACCCGGUUGAAAACAUUUGUCUGGUUAAUGUACAGAGCGUUCAAUCACUUAACAGAAAUCAUGUGACUGGCAUUAGACUGAAUGUCGCUUUGUGUGUCUGUCGUUUCCUCUCGGUGCCAGCGGUGCACCCAGAGUGGAUCAUAAAGGGUUUUCAUUUCUAGCAGCAAUGCCUUCAUUUUUAUGGUGCUAGUGCUGUCCUUCAAGAAACUCAUCAUCAACGUGUCCUAACGUGCCAGGAUGACAUAUCAUUAAUAUUUCAGACCGCUUAAACUGGUUUUAAAUUUGCUUUAGUGUGGAAAUGCGUGAAAAGACAUUUUCAACACGAGAACCGUUAAACACGCUAUUCUUUUGUCCUACUCGGCCACAGUGGCUCAAUUGCCACUUGAAGGCAGCAUUUCUUUUAACUGAAUAUCAUCGUCUUGAACAGGAUGUUUGCUACAGUACAGUAUGUAAGUUAUUGAUGUGCUGAUGUGAACACGUGGGGCCAAGUGAAAUGAAGAAAAAUGGUUGCAGAUGUGUCCUCUUGCAUAUAAACUGAAAAAUCACAAUAUAAAUGUUGAAACCAGACCUCAAA